CCUCCAGCUGAGGCUGAGCCGAGCUGCGGAUUUGCCGUGAGCUAAUGACGUGCAUAUUGGAGCUGGAACAUCUUGAGGCGGAUUAUAUAAAGGCCGUGCCACGCUGAUGAUGCGCCAGGUCCGCUUAGCGUCAACCCUAUUCUCUCAUCUCCGAAUCAUAAAGGACGAUCACGUUCCCAUCAUGCUGCACGCAGGACCGUGUUUUGUCUAGCGGUGAUCUCUCAUGUGCAGGGACGUCUUGUCAAAAUUGGCGAUACGAUCAUCUUGAACGAUUCUACGGUUAGUACAGAAUUGCAGGUACGUGGUGGCCCGCAUACGCACGGUACCGUGCAAUGACUGAUGUUGGAUUGGAGAACAGUUCACGGUUUAUACAAGGUAAAUCUUGUGCGGGAAUUAGCUGGGCCAGGAUUGUUUGGAUCAUGAUGUUGACGCGGCGGCGUAUGAACCAAGACUGGGCAAUGUUUUCAGGCUGCUGAAACACAUCAGAGCGGCCCUACUGAGGUGUGUAUCUACUGCACGGGAAAAACGAUGCACCACUGAGAUCUGAGGCCGGGGAAAACACUAAACGGAAUCUGAUCGCCAUCUUGAAUGGGGUCGUCGGUUUCGACCAAGGGAAGGUCAAAACAGGCAGCCCCGCCGCGGAACCGAGUCCACGCCGAGACGACGGGCAGCGAUGGCUGCAUCGAGGCGCAGUCGGCCAGGAGGACACCUCGGCCCGACAAGCGCACCUCCGAGCCCACGGUGGUUGUGGAACAAGAUGCUGUCCGAGGCCAGUCCAGGAACCAGAGACAGCACAUAGGUAGCUUAAAACCGUCACCCUCCACAGUUGCCAACUCGGGGGAAAAGAACGCAGUUGAAAAUGACACGCAGGGCUGCUCGUAUGCAAACCCCCAAGGCUUCGUCCUCGAAUGAAUCAGUAUCCGGAAAAAGACUCACACCUCGGAAGAAGGGCAGCCCGCCGCGGAGACAAGGACCAUCGAAGGAGGACCUGACCAUGAGCCUGGAGCUGUGCACAGAUGAUCUGCCUCCUACAGACUCACUGGAGGCUCUGGAGAAGGCUAGUAAAAGGAUACGGAAGAUCUGUACGUUUCUCCAGUCCCGUGGCAAUGUUCCCAGUAACCUGCUCAAGCGUAACCUGCACUACAUCGCUGAUGUACUGGACAUCGUGGUCACUGAUGAUGCCAGCACUGACUCACGAAAAACGAAAGUACAACAGGAUACAAAGAAUGACCCAUCUAAGGAUAGAUUUAUAGACGAGGACGAUGAGCUCAGCGAAGUGGAGCCGGAUGCCGUGCCCAUGGAGGUCCGGGACUGGCUGGCCUCCACCUUUACCAGGAGCGCCAGCGUCACCAAAAGCGGGGAGAAAGAGAAGAAAACUUUCCGCAGCAUCGUGCAGGCCGUGCGCGCUGCCAACCUGGUGGACAGGUUAUACCGCAGGAUGUCGACCUCUGCAGUGACGUAUCCACCAACAGUCAUGAAGCUGUUCAAGCAAUUGGACGACUGGUCUUUCGACGUGUUUGCCCUGAACGAGGCUACCAACGGCCAGGCGCUGCGAUACGUCACGUAUGAGAUCAUGAUGCGAUACGACCUUCUCGCAAAGUUCAAGAUUGGGGUGGGAACACUCUUCAACUUUCUGGAGGCCCUGGAAGUCGGCUACAGCAAAUACCAGAACCCUUACCACAACCUGGUGCACGGUGCUGACGUCACACAGACUAUGCACAGUAUUCUCUUUCAGACAGGACUAGUGCAAUGGCUGACAGACGUGGAAAUCUUUGCCGUGGUGUUUUCAGCCGCGAUUCAUGACUUUGAACAUACAGGGGAGACCAACAACUUCCACGUCAUGUCCAGGACGGAAACUGCGUUGGUGUACAAUGAUAGAGCGGUGCAGGAAAACCAUCACAUAAGCGCCGCCUUCCGGCUCAUGACAGAUGACAACCUCAACAUUGUAUACAACAUGUCCAAGGAUGAUUACAAAGAUUUCAGAACGUUGGUGAUAGACAUGGUUCUGGCCACUGACAUGUCCUACCAUUUUGCACAAGUCAAGCAGAUGAAGAGCCUCCUAUCUUGCCCAGACAAUAUUGAUAAGGCGAAAGCGCUAUCACUGGUCCUGCACACUGCUGACAUCAGCCAUCCUGCAAAAAACUGGAUCCUCCACGAGCACUGGACAGAACUUCUCAUGGAGGAAUUCUUCAGACAAGGUGAUAAAGAACAGGAGCUUGGUCUGCCGUUCUCCCCACUUUGUGACAGAAAGACAACCAUGGUGGCUUCAUCACAAAUCGGUUUCAUCGACUUUAUCGUCCAGCCCAGCUUUGAGAUCAUGAGCGACAUGUUGGACAAGGUUGUAGCACCUAUCUCUCCUCGCGGCUCCUUAGCCAAUCAGAGCAACGCUACCAUAUCGGAGAAAGUGGAGGGUGAAGGGUCACCACAAAAUGGCGACCAAUCAGAGGAGCCGUUCGAGUUCAAAGUUGACCGCGUAUGGGACGGGCAUCUGACUGGGAAUAAAGUCAAAUGGAAAGAACUGUCAACCAAAGACCAAGCAGAAAAGGAGGCGAGGGAGAAAGCCGCUCAGAAAGAAAAGGCGGAUUCAGAGGCACAAACUCAAAACACGCCGGACGACAAAGCCGAGGACAAGAAAGAUCGUGAAAGUUCACCGAAGAUCACAGCUAACGGAACAGUGAGUCCAGGAGAUGCCGUCAAACCGUCAACCUCUCCGGAAAACGACGAACAAGCGUCGACAAAGGAGGAGGCUGUCGGGAAGGCCUCUCCGGAACACGUCGAGAAGAGAUCGACGGAAGGAGAGAAAAAGGGAAGCAUCGACAGCAUCACUGUCAAAAGCGUCACCAAACGGAAAGAAUCCGGUGUCUGAUAAUGCCUUAGUCUGGGACAAAUAGACCUUUUUCUCUCGUAGUGAACAGAAAAAAAUAAUAUAGAAAAUAGAAACAAUGAAAAAUCAAAAGAAAUGAGGCUUUGGAUUUUCUAAAGCGGGGAAAAACUUUGUUGUGACACCAGUAAAACAUCAGUUGCCACCGAACAAAUAUUGCUUUGAAAGAUUGUUAUUAGCAAUUACAGUAAAACCUAGCAUUGGACAUUUUUUUUCGG